AUGUUAUUUAUGGAAUCCUAUAUGUGCUACUGCUCGGUGCGGCUCGGUGUCAUCAUUGUGGCAGUUAUGGUCAUUAUACGAAGCAUGGCCCAAAGUAUUAUACUUUUUACGAUGGGUGUGAAGUUUUUCGACCCGCUAAUCGAUUUGUUUGAACACGAUGCCGACUACAAGAACCGGAAGUGGGUGAGGAAGUACAUAAAUUGGAUGGAGAACUCUCCUGAGAGCUUCUUAACACUCUUUCAGGUCGUGUCCUUUUUUCACAUGGCUGUUGCCGUAAUGAGUAUCUGGGGUGCUUUGAAGUUGCAGAAAUGGUUUUUGCUGCCCCUGGCCUUCUUUGAGUUUGUCUACUUCAUAAACAUCACCAUAUUGCAUAUAGUCUUGAUGAUUAUGCUAAAGAAACAGAUCAAUCUGGGCUUACUUAUAAUUCUGACAUUGGUUGGUUGUUUUUACAUAUUUUUUCUGGGCUAUAAUGCCUUUACCUGUAUAGCCAUGUUCCAGAUCAUUGGGCUGGUGAAGAGUGCUCGCUAUCGUGAGCUCUAUGGCGAUGAUCCUUUUCAUCCUUUGGCUAUAAAACCAAAUCGUUUCAACGAUUCCCAGAAGCCACUCCCGGUUCUCCACAUGCACGACAUGCACGACACGGACAUCGACGAACAGAAACGCCUGAGCAAACUGGGCCUGUGGCCACGUCGGCAUCCGCCUGUGGUCUCCGUCCUGCCCGUGCAGACGCAGUUUCCACCGCCCCAGUUGAAGUGGUGGCAACAGCAGGCAUUGGACACUGGCGAGGAUAAGGUGCAGGAUCCUUCCGUCUACCGCAACUGGCAGCCGCGGGAGCUCCUAAACGGAGUGGGUGGCGAUGUCCAGCGCAAGAAUGACCUUAAUAGGCGGUAUGCAGAAAGUCAGAUGCAUCGAUGGUACUGA